UUUUUGUUUAGUUAAGCUGAACUGCGCGAAAGGGGAUUUUGUGGUGAGAUUAAAACAAUUUACUAAGCACGGACUUCUAACUAGGCCCAGGAUUUGGUAGGCUUACUGUAGGCCUACAACUUUAAACAAGGUAAAAUGGCCUCUGAUAGAUCAUACCGACAGCUGAGAAAUAUCCAAGAUGACGACUUUUCAGAUGAAGAGAAUAAUGCAUUUGCACCCUUGGCAGGCCAGCACCAAUCUGGUAGUAAGUAUCAAGACCGAGACCAACGGGCUACGGUGCAAACUCACGGCGGUAGAUCUUGUGGAAGAGGUAGAGCAACCUGUAUUGUGCUUGUGGUUUUGACACUUGUCCUGUGCAUUGCCGUAGUUUCUAGUAUGGCUCGGCCUCGGUGUUCUAGGGAAGCUGAAACAACAGUACCGUUACAUACAUCUAGGCCUAGUAAUAGCCCGCCUUCUGCGACAACACCUACGCCUACCAGAUCCCCUUAUGUAUGGAACAAUAUACGAUUGCCCACCAACGUUAAACCAAUAUCAUAUGAUAUAUUUUUACAUCCAAAUCUUACAACUGAUUCAGUGGAAGGCAACGUUGAGAUCCUAGCAGAGGUAGUGAAUGCAACAUCCUUCAUUGUCCUACAUGUAAAAAAUAUGACAAUCACAGAUGUCAAUGUGAAAAAAUCUGGAGAAAAAAUAGAAUACAAAGAGCAUCAGAAUAACAUUGCUCUUGAGCAGUUUGACAUUGUUUUCCAAAAUGACAUAGAAGAAGGUGUUGUUAUGAUAAUGCUCAACUUUACAUAUGGAUUGAGGAAUGGCUUGCAGGGUUUCUAUCGAAGUACAUAUGAGACAGAAGAGGGUGUUAAUAAAAUCAUCGGCACAACUCAGUUCGAAGCAUCAGACGCCCGUGCUGCAUUUCCUUGCUUUGACGAGCCCGCUUUCAAGGCAACAUUCACACUGAAAAUGGUGCGAGCCAAAGAACAUCAUACGUUAUUCAAUAUGCCGCUGAAUCAUACCGAACCUUACGGAGACAACGUCCUGGAUGUUUUUCAAACGUCUUUGAAAAUGAGCACUUAUUUAGUGGCAUUUGUUGUAUCAGAAUUCAAAAACAAAACGUAUAUGGUUCGAGAAAAUUUGGAGAUUGGUGUCCACUCUCCUGCCCAGGAAAUAGAUGAAAUGGAUUUUUCUUUGGAAGUUCUCAAUAAAACUAUAACCUAUUAUGAAGACUAUUUUGGUGUUGCAUAUCCUUUGCCAAAACAAGAUAUGGUAGCCAUUCCAGAUUUUGGUGCUGGGGCGAUGGAGAACUGGGGAUUAAUAACAUACAGAAAAGUUGAUAUCCUGUACAACAAUAAAUCUACAUCAGUUAGUCAGAAACAACGCAUUGUUAUUGUUAUCACCCAUGAGUUAGCUCAUCAGUGGUUUGGAAACCUAGUGACAAUGAAAUGGUGGAAUGAUCUUUGGCUGAAUGAAGGCUUUGCUAGUUAUGUAGAGUAUGUUGGUACAGACCACUGGAACCCAGAGUGGCAGAUAAUGGAUCAGUUCAUUUUAUAUGCAACUCAUUCAGCGUUGGCUAUUGAUUGUCUCAAUAGUUCACAUCCAAUAUCAGUUAAAGUUGAGAGCCCAGAUGAAAUUAGUGAUCUCUUUGAUGCUAUUUCAUAUAAUAAGGGUGCAUCGAUAAUUAGGAUGUUAAAGGAACACCUAGGAGAAGACACUUUUCUUCGGGGUCUCAAAAAUUACUUGGAGAUACAUGCCUAUUCCAAUGCUGAUAGUAAUGAUCUAUGGAAUUCAUUAUCUAAUUCAAGUGGAGUCGAUGUGAAAAAUAUGAUGGACACAUGGACAAUACAGAAAGGUUAUCCUGUCGUCACUAUGUCCCGUGUCAACAACAAAAUUGAAGCCUCACAGAAGCAGUUUUUCCUGAUGGAAGACUUUAAACCUACUGAAAAGAAUUUGUGGAUAAUACCACUUACAUAUGUUACCGACAAAGGCAAGAGUGCAUCUGUUCUUUUUGAAAAUGUUGAAAAAGCUCCAAGUAUCGAUAUUGAUAGCUCAGUAAAAUGGUUCAAAGGAAAUGUGGAGCAGAGAGGUUUUUAUCGUGUCACGUACGAUGAUGACAACUGGGAUGCUUUGGUUAAGCAGUUGCAAGAGAAUCACACUGUAUUUACACCAGCUGAUAGAGCAAGUCUGGUCGAUGAUGCACACUACUUAGCAAGAGCUGGUCUCUUGAAGUACACUACUGCACUUAAUUUGAGCCAUUACAUCAGUAAAGAGUUAAACUAUGUUCCAAUCACUACAGCUCUUGGAAGAUUCGACUACAUUGGAAGGAUGUUGCAGAAAACUAGAGAUUAUGUAUUAUACAAGAAAUACAUGUGGCAGUUAACAGACAACUGGAUAAGUCAAUUUGGCUGGGUAGAGAAAGACACAGAUUCCCAUCUUACUAAGUUAUUAAGAGUCAGUGUGCUUAGUUUUGCUGUUCAAAUUGGUCAUGAAGGAACAAUCGCAAGGGCUUUGGAAAUGUUUAGACCGUGGCGGCAAAAUGGAACAGAGUUUAAUGUAAAUUUAAAGUACACAGUUUAUUGUGCAGCCGCUCGGAAUGGGCUUUCCUCUGACUGGGAAUUUCUUUGGGAAUCGUAUUUGGAAACAAAGGUGGCAUCGGAAAAAAACGUCUUGAUGGCAGCCAUGGCUUGUACAAGUGAUCCAUCCCAUAUCUAUAGGUACCUAUAUAGUACAGUUGACGGAUCUGUUCGACAGCAGGAUGUAUCCAUUGUCAUCGCAUCUGUGGCCUCAAACCCAAUCGGUGCACAACCAGCUUGGCUGUUUCUACAGCAAAAUUGGGAAAAGUUAACCGAGAUGUUUGGCACUAGUUCAUUUGCUUUUGGUGGUAUCAUUGAAAGUUGUACAAGCAGUAUUGCAAGUUCUGUUGAAGAACAACAGGCGAAAAAUUUCUUUUCUGAACAGUUAGAUGCAAGAUCAGGAUCACGUUCUAUUCAACAAGCUUUAGAAAAAAUGGAAAUAAACGUAAAUUGGUUAGAGAAAAAUCAACACAUUGUUAGACAAUGGCUUAAAUACUACAGCACUCCAUAAUACUUUAAAUAUUUUUGAUUCCAUUUUGAACAUUUGAAUUUUAAAGUACUAGUACAUAGAUAUUAUUGUUAGUCUUUCUAAAAUGUUUGUUUUUAAAAAUAUAUAUUUAUUUGAGUUUACUGAUUAUCUUUUAAGCAUUUGUUUAAGGCGUUUGAUAAAAAUCUUAUCCAUAUGCCUUAUGUAUAAGUAGGAAUGUUCUGUAUAUACUUUGUUGCAUUUUCCCCCAGUAAAUACUUAUUUCAACAAUUGCAUUAUCUUUGAAAUUUGACUAUGCCUCCUGUCUUUAUCAAGUAUGGUACCAUUGGCAAAUAAGGGAUGUAAUUUAUUCAGCUAAUAAAAACACAAGCCGGGAUAGGUCCUUGACAGUAGUAUGGUGGUUAUUUGUAAUUGUGAUUCUUCCCAGGAGCUUAAAACAAGCGGAAUUUGCGAGAGUAGUUGUGAAUACUCAAUGAUUUAAUAACAGGUUAAUUACACGUAUAGAUAAUGGCAAUCGACUAUCAGGCUUCUUCUUAAAACAUCAAAUCCUUUGUCCCCAAUAUGGAUGCUAAGUGCUGUUCCCAUGUCACAUGAAUAUACAUAGAUGUAUAUGUUGAUAAAUAGAUUAAUGAAUGUGUAAAUGCUUGCAUGAAAAAUUUAAUUCGUAUAUACUAUGUACAAGGUUACAGAGUUCUCACAAUAAGAAAAAUGUUUCCAGUUA